AUGGUCCAUCAACUUGGUCAAGUUGUACCAUGGAAGGAAGUGGAAAAUGAAGCUAUUGCUGGUAAAAUUAAUGGCAUAUUAUGUUCGUCCAACGACUACGUCAAUGAUGACUUAUUAAAGCGUUUACCUAACCUUAAAGUGGUUAGUAAUUAUAGCGUCGGAUGUGAUAAUGUCGAUCCGAAAGCAAUUGCAAAUCGUAGCAUUCAACUAGGGUACACACCGGCUUCUAAUGCUGAUGCUGUAGCUGAUUUUACCUUUACAUUAUUACUAUCUUCUGCUCGUCUUUUAAUCCCCGGUGCAAAGUUCUGGAGGUCAAAGGAGACUUUAGGUGAGGAUUGGUUGAGAUUAUCUGGUGAUGUCUACCGCAAGACAUUAGGUAUUAUCGGUAUGGGUGCGAUCGGUUGCAAAGUUGCCCAGCGUAGCCUUGGCUUUGAGAUGAAAGUACUUUAUCAUAGUCGUCGUCGGAAAGAUAGCCAUACAGAAUCUAGACUCAAUGCAACUUAUUGCAACUUAGAGGAUUUAUUGCAACAAAGCGAUUUUGUAAUUGUAGCUGUAGCUUUAACACCUGAUACUGUUGGCAUAAUAAGUAGAAAAGAGCUUCAAUUAAUGAAAAAAAAUGCAAUAUUAAUCAAUAUUAGCCGUGGUAAGACUGUUGAUCAUGAUGCUUUGGUUGAGGCACUUGAAAAUAAAAGUAUCCAAGGUGCUGCACUAGAUGUUACAGAACCCGAGCCUUUACCACUCGAUCAUAAAUUAUUAACUUUUGACAAUGUUAUUAUCACGCCGCAUAUGGCAUGGUCAACUUUCGAUGCCCUCGAACAUCAAUUUAAAAUGGCUAUUGAUAAUUUAAAGUGUGGAUUAAAUGAUCAGAAAGUACCUUACCCACUGGAACUCGACUGA